GUGACUGCGCACGCGCGGCGGCCAGGCCCGGGCAUUUUGCUGCGUCACCAGCCGCCGCCCGGCCUCACCACCCCUCGCGCGCACGCACGCUCCUUCUCCGUCCUCGCGCCCCUUUUCCUACACUUUCCUCCUCUCCCGGGCUGAGGGAGCCGCUCUCCGCGCGUUGCAUUCUGGGCAUCGAGGCCGAGCCCGCCGCUGCCGCCGCCGUCGCCUAAGGGGAACGAGGAGAGGCCGCGACCGGGUAGAGACCGCCGGAGUCGCUGCCGGAGAGGAGUCGACUCGCCAGCCGCCGCCAGCGAGGCCCGCCCACCCGUUCGCCUGGCCCUCUGCCCCGUUCACCAUGCAGCCUGCUUCUGCAAAGUGGUACGACCGAAGGGACUAUGUAUUCAUUGAAUUUUGUGUUGAAGACAGUAAAGAUGUUAAUGUAAACUUUGAAAAAUCCAAACUUACUUUCAGUUGUCUUGGAGGAAGUGAUAAUUUUAAGCAUUUAAAUGAAAUUGAUCUUUUUCAUUGUAUUGAUCCAAAUGAUUCCAAGCAUAAAAGAACGGACAGAUCGAUUUUAUGUUGUUUGCGAAAAGGAGAAUCCGGCCAAUCCUGGCCUAGGUUAACAAAGGAAAGGGCAAAGCUUAAUUGGCUUAGUGUGGACUUCAAUAAUUGGAAAGAUUGGGAGGAUGACUCAGAUGAAGACAUGUCUAAUUUUGACCGUUUCUCUGAGGUGAGUUUUUUUUGGGGGGGGGGGGUUGUUUUGUUUUUUUUUUUAUGGCAUUUUCUACCCUGUUCCCAUAAUACUGUCCUUUUAAUCCCUUAUUUCUUUCCGUUUUUUUUAAAGGUUCAUUUAUUAGUUUUAUGUAUGUGAGUACACUGUCACUGCCUUCAGACACACCAGAUCCCAUUCAGAUGGUUGUGAGCCACCAUGUGGCUGCUGGGAAUUGAACUCAGGACCUCUGGAAGAGCAGUCAGUGCCCUUAACCGCUGAGCCAUCUCCCCAGCCCUAUUUCUUUCCAUUUUAACAUGUAUGGAUAGUUUUUCACCUGCAUAUCUGUGCACCAUUCUGGAACCUGGUUCCAAGAUGGACAAAGUCCUAAGAUGGUGCCAGGAGUCCCUGGAAAUGGAGUUAUAGGUGGUUAAAAGCCACUGUGUGGUGUUAGAAAUCAAACCCCAGUCUUCUGUAAGAGUAACAAGUGCUUUCAACCAGCCCCUUGGUCACCUGUUUUGGUUUUCUAGACAGAAACCUAUGUAGUCAGGACAGGUCACAACUGCUUAUAACUAUUUCUGGAGGAUAUAGUGGCCCUUGUCUUGUCUGGUCUGUUUAGGCUCUGGGAUUACAUUUGAUGGACAAACAUCUAAAGAGAUAGUCUUGGGGUAAAGAGUUCUUUUUGAAAUAGGGUCUCUGUAGCCGUGGCUGUCUUGGAACUCAGAUCUAUCUGGUCUACAGAGCGAGUUCCAGGACAGCCAGGGCUACACAGAAAAAUCCUGUCUCAGGGAACAGGGGGGGGACAGUUCUUGUUGCUCUUGUAUAUGACUUGGGUUUAGUUCCUGGCACCCUUAUACAUUUGUCCAUAUUGCCAAUUAUAUGUCUGAAUGUUUGCUAACCUGAGUUCAGAAGAUUGACUGGUUGUGAACCACCUACCAUGUGGGUGCUGGGAAAUAAACAGGACCAUCAUGAUGGGUUCUUAACACUGAAAUGUGUGCAAAAUCAAGAAGAGGAGGAAGGUGUAGUAGCCCAUGCCUUUGAUCCCAGUACUGGGAAGACAGAGGGGAAAGGAUUUGAGUUCAAGUCCAGCCUUGUCAACAUAGUGAGUUCCAGGACAGCCAGGGAUACACAGUGAGACCUUGUCUAUAAAAAAGCAAGAACAGGAUGAGUGAACAGAAGAGGACCAUUAUGCUGUAUUGCAAAUGGCACAAAUCUGUUACUGUAUGUCUGGCUAAGACUUUUGUCCCCAUGGAAACCAGAAGAGACCAUGGGAUCCCCUAGAACUGGAAUUACAGAUGGUCGUGGUCCUCAUCCAUGUGGGUGCUAGGAAUUCGACCCAGGUUCUCUGGAAAGGCAGGCAGCUAGUGCUUUUAGUUACUGAGCCACCUUCUCCAACUCUUCUUCAUUCACUCUCAUGUGCAUCUAUCUUUUAAAGCUAUCUAAAGUUUUUACUUUUCUUACAAAGUGGCAUGCAAUGUUGUUUCCCUUAAAUUCAGGUAUAAAACUUGGUCCUAUCUUCUAGCUAGUAAGCAGAGGUAGCAGAGUUGGUUGGGCCAUCCUAGGCUUAAUCACAUCUCAGAAAAGAGAGUCUACAGAGGUGCUUGCUGUGUGGCCUAUGUAGGAACUCCCUCAUAGAGGGGUGUUUUUCCUUCCCUUUCUCUGUCUGUGUCUGUGUGGGCCAUAAGAGUGUUGUACGGACAGUUGCUGUGCAGUUGUCAGCAGUACAUGAGUCACUUUUCCAGCUUGACAUAUAGAGUUUUAACAGUUUCUUUUGUGUGUGUGUGUGUGUGUGUGUGUGUGUGUGUGUGAAGAUUUCAUGUAUCCCUCCAUGUUGGCCUCUUACAGUAGUAUGUGUAGUUGAGGAUGAUCUUGAAUUUCUGAAUCCUCCUGCCACUGCCUCUGUGUACCUUCUCUUGUUUUAGAUUCAGCCUUUUAUAAAAAGCAAAGUACUUAAGAUUCUUUUGCCUUCCUUCAUGGGAACUUCUGCUGUACUGAAGACCUAUUCUGGAAUGUGCAGCCUAGUAAAGCUGAAUUUAGCAUUUUAAAGCUGAUUUUAUUCUUCAAAUAGAUGAUGGAUCACAUGGGUGGUGAUGAGGAUGUAGAUUUACCAGAAGUAGACGGAGCAGAUGAUGUAAGUAUGUGUGCAUCCUCUUCUGUUCAGUAAUAAUAAAGGUCUUGUAUACUCACUGUUCCCCUGAAAGGGUGCAGCCAUUCCUACCCUUAAUGUAUCCCUGUCUUAUUUCUUAACAUAUUAAAAGAUUUUACCUACUAGGGAAAUUGUAUUUGUCAACCAUUAAGGAUUGUAUUUUAACAAAUCAUUGCAUAAAGGUAAGAGUUAAAAGAUUAUCAUUUAACAAGGAUAGAAAUGGGAUUUAACAGCAGGUCAGGCUAUAGUAAUAAAAUAAAGGGAUGUGAAUGCAUUGAGGAAAGUGUACUCUACUACAUUAGACAUUAUCUCCCCAGGAAUCUGUUAAUAUCUUAAUAUAAAUUUAUAUAGUUGGGAGGAUUUUCAACUUUAGUAUAUAGAAUUAGAAUUCAUUGGCUUCUGUGUAUUAAGUAAUCUUUUCUUUCACUGAAUGCCAAGAGAGGACGACAAAGUUAGGGGAGAACUUGUAGAAAGAUGGGUCUUCUGCUACAAGGCCUAGGAAAAUAGGCCUUGAGUUUAAACACAUCAUUACAUUAAAUUCAUAGGUUCCACGUAACUAUUUUGCUCAUAUAGUAAGAAUUAUAAUUGGGAUUUCUUUAAGGUACACUUAGAUCUUUAUAGAAUAUGUAUGAUCAACUUGGUAAGUUUUUAAAUUUUCUUCUACAGGAUUCACAAGACAGUGAUGAUGAAAGUGAGUAUAUUGGGGGUUUUGUUUGUUUUUUAAUGUUUCUGCUGCAGUUAUCCCCACUGAGACCCAACUUUGAAAGCAGAUACCACAUAUAUUUUCUUUUUAGACACUAGGACAAUUUAAAAGAGUACAGGCUAGGUAAAAAUCCUAACCACCACUAGGUAAAGAAGAGGGAAAAUACUUUUAUUACUAUUUUAUGUUUUAGCUACAUAAUGUGUCUGCACUGUAUACCUGGUGCUUGGGAGGACAGAAGAUGCUAUUAGAGCCCCUGAAACUGGAGUAUAGCCACUUAUGAGCAGCCAUGUAGGUGCUGGGAAUUGAGCCUGGGUUCCCUAGCAUAGUAACCAGAGCUUUUAACCUCUCUAGCCUCAAAUUAGGCAUAGACUAGAAUUUGCUUAUUAAGAAAGGAGAGGGCAUUUCCAGGGAUCGAAAUGGGCUAGUGAACUAAGAACCAAAAAAGUCCUGUUACAUUCUUAGAAAGGGUUUAUUCUCUAAGAUGCAUGUUCAGUUUAUGCGUGUUCACAGGUGAUUGCUAGGGAGCUCUCAGUUUUGUUGUCUUCAUUUACAAAUGUUAGAGUAUUGUAGUUCUCUUGUCGUCCUUGCUGAUUGUUUUUAAAAUUCUUUCAGAAAUGCCAGAUCUGGAGUAAAGAGUGGUAUCAUCGCCUGGAUAUUGAGGGGAAAAAAAAAAUAACUUCUGCAAGAUUUCAUAAUUGAGAAAAUCCCUGAGUUGAUAGCUCUAAAGGCAGAUAUGCUGUACUUGGCUCCUUUAACCCAUUUUUCAACUUUUUUUUUUUUAAGGCUUCACUAAGGGUUGAUUAUGUACCAUUGUAUGGGGCAAUUUAAGUCAGCUAAGGCAAUAUCCGUAUGCAUGAACAUUUCCCAGAAUUCCAUGAAGCAGUUGAGGUCCUAGGCAACUGCUACAGCAGCUCUGAUGAAUAACUGCAUCUCAUCUAAGUCUUCUUUUGUCAUAAUACACUUAACUUCUCCAUUAAGAAAGUUCUCAGCUUAGGGAAAGAUAAAGGUUUUAGAUCCUAGAUAAUGGGCUUGAAGGAGGUGGAAACAAAUUGGCUAAUAUCUUAAGCUGAUGCCCCGCCAUUCUUCCAGGAUACCUUUCAGAAUUAUUCCACUAAAGUUUAUUUUUCAAAAAAAUGUACUUUACAUCAUUGUUUGUGAUCACUUGUCAGUGUUCAGGUGUAUUUUAGCUAAGACUAGUGGAUGCCCUAACUUAGAUGGUUUUUGAAGCCUAUACCUUUGGUAUUGUUUGGCCCUUAAGCUUUUACAUCUCUUAGCAUGGAGGACAAAGAAAGCUGUACAUUGUUGCUUGAGAAUAUGUACAUUUUAGACCAGAUUUGUACUUGCACUGUCAGUAUGGCAAAUGAGUGGAAAAUGUUAAUACACUAUUGGAUUUUUUAUUUCCUGUUUUGAUUUCAGCUUAUGCCCUGGCUGGAAAACCUCAAUUUAUGUUCAUGACAGUGGGGAUUUUUUUAAAUGUCUACAUUCUUUCUAAUAAACUGUUGGAAGAUUU